UGUUUCACUUUGUUCUUCUUCUGUAAUCCCCUCCCCUGCGACUCCUUCCCUCGUGUUUCUCUCUCCGAGGUUUGAUUCCGCCAUGGAUAGGGCACAGUUGGUGUUGUUGGGGCUACCGUUAUUACUAUUCUGCUCGGAUCUGGUGAGCCUUUUCACUCCGCCUCCGCCGCAGAAACCUCAUCACCAUCGCCAUCACCAGCCACCGCCUAUCUCUCACUCGCAGCGACCGGCGGGGGGCAUUUCCCUGGACAGGUAAAAUUUUCUCCAAGAUUCCGAUAAGUCAAGUGGUAUCGGAGCUGUCGGAUAUGGGAACACCGUUGAGAUCAACUUCUGCGUCUCCUGCUCGUUCAAGGGGACUGCAGUAACAAUGAAGAAAAUGCUGGAGACAGCUUUUCCAGGAUUGGAUGUGAUUCUGGCCAACUAUCCGCCACCAGCACCAAAACGGCUUCUUGCUAAAGUUGUGCCUGUUGUUCAGAUGGGUGUUAUCGGUAUCAUAGUUGCAGGUGAACACAUCUUUCCCAUGCUUGGAGUGACUCAGCCCCCUGCUUGGUACUACUCCUUGAGGGCAAAUAGGUUCGGGUCAAUGGCUUCCACUUGGCUUCUCGGCAACUUUCUGCAGUCUUUCCUGCAAAGCUCCGGCGCCUUUGAGGUUUACUGCAACGGGGAACUGGUGUUUUCAAAGUUGAAAGAGGGAAGAUUCCCGGGUGAGAUCGAGUUGAGAGAUAUCGUCAGCAGAACUCUGACAAGACCAAGCCAUGGAGCUGCUUUGAUGUGAAGAGCCCUUCCUUUUUCCUGUCUAUACAGAUAUCUUUCGUUUGAAGGAUUUUUCCAUGACAUCUUUUAUUCGUAUUGUGCUUAAAAGGAUUGAUAUUACUAAAGUUGGAAAGUGACUGACAAGAGUGUUUCCACAUCUCAAUAACAUUGUGAUUUUCCUUA